CAUCCACACACGCUCUCUUCCUUCCAUCCUCCUCUCUCCAUACAUCCACAGCCCAACUUUCUCUACAAACUCAAAACGAUACCAAAACAAAAGAAUUUCUUUUUUUUUUUUAAAUAAAAAAAGAAAAGAAAACCCACUAACAGCCUUACUUCCACCCAAGUUUUGCCCGACCAGUCUAGUCCCAUCUCAUCUUUCACAUUAUUUUUGUACGUUUCUCUCUCUCUCUCUCUCUCUCUCUCUCUGAAUUCUCUCGAUCUGGCCUUCUACCUUCAAAUUUAAGCAUUAAAAGAUGUCAUUGGACUUGGUUUCUGAACGUGUUUGUUAUGUUCACUGCAACUUCUGCAACACCAUUUUAGCGGUUAAUGUUCCAAGCAACAAUUUGCUCAAUAUCGUGACGGUGAGAUGUGGGCAUUGUGCAAAUUUGCUGUCGGUGAACAUGGGAGCUUCACUUCAGACAUUUCCUCUUCAAGAUCCCCAGUCACAGAAAGUGAACUUAAACUCUGAAGAUUUCAACAAGGAUUGUGGGUCAUCUUCUAAAUGCAACAAGGUCACUGCUUUUGAAUCUGGAGAUCAAGAACCACCUAGAAUGCCUCCCAUCCGCCCCCCAGAGAAGAGACAACGUGUUCCUUCUGCAUAUAACAGGUUCAUUAAGGAGGAAAUUCAAAGGAUCAAGGCUAGUAAUCCUGACAUCAGCCACAGGGAAGCUUUUAGCACAGCAGCAAAAAAUUGGGCACAUUUUCCUCACAUUCACUUUGGACUGAAGCUGGACGGAAACAAGCAUGCAAAAUUAGAUCACCAGUCAUUUGCAGGAGAGGGUAGUAAAAAAUCUAAUGGAUUCUACGAGAUCAAUGGUACACUGUGAGUUAGAACUUACAGCAAUAAACUAGUUUUCUAUAUGUAUAAUAUAUAAUAAUAAUAUAAUAAUUAAAAUGAUAAUGCUGGUAAUAAUAAUUAUAAUAAAAAAAAAAUCCAAGAUAACAAUGAGGACUGAAACGAAUUGUCAAUCUCAUAUCCUCUAACCAAGUAGGAAAGCCCUUCUUGAAAUCCUUUUUAUUUUUCAUUUUUUCUAUUCAGUAAUGAUAUUAUAUAUUAAAAUUUUUGAGUGUGUGUUUUGCCCUUUUCUAACGUUAAAGAAGUGACUGCUAUUCUAGUGAUUAUUGCAUUUAUGCUUUAGAUUUUAUAUUCUAAGUUUAAGUAAAGAAGAUUCCGUCGAGUUAUGUGCA